AUGAAUCAUACAUUAUUAUCAUUGGGACGAAUCGUAUGUGAAAUAAUAAUUAUUUAUAUUUUAUUCAAACAAAACUGUUCAAAAUUUACUUUAGCUUCAGCGAUAAAACAAAAAUAAAUGAUAGCCUAUGGUGGGUAGGUGUUGCCAUGUAUAAAAUCCAUAAACAAAUGUCCUAUCUUUUAAAAAUCUCUACGAACACGAGCAAAAUGUCGCUGUACUUGGCUGUCAAGCUAUUUUCUCAUCGUAAUGUGCCGUUCUGGCGCAUAGUAUGUAUGAAACAUUACGAUUUGGCGUGUGCGUUCUAUUUUAUUUUAGAUGAGAUUUGACGACCGCUCAAAAUAUCUUCAUGGCUUUUUAUUCGACUUUUCUGUGUACCGUUGUUUUCGGUAUUUCGUAAACAUUGGCAAAACAACGCGAUAAUUCAAUGAAGUGUGCGGAAAAUAGUCAUUAUCGCGAGUGAGAAAGGUAUUUCGUUCACAACGGGAGUAGGCGGUGGUCGUUUAGUGGGUUUCCGAUGGAGAAGAUGGAGAGUGAACAGAGUUAUAGUGGCGAGAGUAGCAGCUCCUCGGAAAGUUGCAGUGGGAGCGGGAGCGGCAGCUCCGAGCCUGACGAGGACCUCACGGAGCCCGUGCGCUUGCUGGGCCAGAGCCUCGAGCUGCCGCAGGAGCUUUGUGAGAACUAUGGACUCUUCAAAGAAUUCUUCUCCUUUAAGACUUGGGAAGCCUUAGAAGAUACACAUAAGGAGCAGCUCAUGAAAUAUUUGCCUAAAUUUGUACAAAAUGAUGAAGAAGAAAGAGAAAAAACCUUAAAAAUGCUGUUUGAUCAUGAACCAUUUCAUUUCACAUCACCACUAGAAGUGUUUUACAGUAAUUUGAAACAGGGCAACUACAGGCCAGACAUAGCUAAGAUGAGGAAAUUUUUGCAAAAAGCAAGAGCUAAGCAACAGAAGCACAAGAUAAAAUCCUACUAUGCUAAACUCAUGCCAGAAGUGUUGAUAUCCCGGGAAAGGUUACUGGCUGCAGCCAAGGCCGCUCCCCCUGGUCCCACUCCUCGCCUACCUCUCCUGCCACAAAAACAUUCCUCCAAAAACACUUAUAAACCUCUGUACUUACGAGCUAGGCAGAGGUAUUUUGAGGAAUUGGCAGCUAUCCGCAGUGAAGUGGGUGGCGAUGAAUCUGACGAUGAUAACUAUCCUGAGGGACCACCGGAGCCGUCAAAUAAAAAGCGCAAACACAUUCAUGCUAGUCAGAACCAGGACAGCAAUGUUUCCGGUACUCUUGGAGGCACAGAAUCAUCACAUCCCACCUCCCUGGAUUGUCUAAAGAAUGUAUUAGCAGCUCAUAGAGCUCGAAGACAAUAUAGAGAGAACCAUCCAGAACUAAAUACAACUGGUUUAACUUUAGAAGAUAUAAAGCAGAGAGUUGCACUUGUAAAUGGUACAAAAAAACUCAUGUUUGGGGGUCAAAAAUCAGAAACAUCCGCACAGAAAGUGAAAAGGGGGCCUAAGAAAGAGCCAAGUCAGAGACAAGUGAAAUCUGAUGCCAAAGCGAAUAAGAGAAAGGAAGAAGAUGUUGAACAUAAACCUUUGUUACCAAAUAUUAAAAUAAAGUGUGAACAAGAGGAGUCAGAUUCCGAGAGUUCCUUUGCAGAGCCAAAGGGUGCCAAACAUUCUAAAAAGUUAUGUGAUAAUGUUGAAAUAAAGCAAGAAAUUGUUGAUCCUAAAUACUCUGAUACAACACACAUAAAUUAUAAUGACCCAAAACUGGAAAGUGUCAUCAAACAAGAGCCCUUAGAUCCAACACUUGCAAUACAGAAUGCUGGUAGAAUAAUUCAACCAGUUCCCAUCAAAUUGGAAGAUCUCGACGGAAUUGACAUGAUGGCGCUGCCUGUCGAGUUAGCGGACGACGAUCUCCCGUCGAAUACGGAAGAAGCGGUGGAUACAGAUUCGGCGCUGACGGAGACGACGCACGCGAACUUCCUGUCGCUGGUGCGCGCGCUGUUCCCGGCGCGGGCGGCGCACCGCGCCAGCAAGCAGCAGCUGCACGCGCGCUGCGCGGCCGUCAUGAGCUCGCCUAUAGCGCCGCUCAACACCUGGUAUAGCUUGUCAGAUGACUGGUGCGCCGAGUUGGACUCCGCGCUAGACUUCCUGGCCGGCGAGAGAGGCCCGCACCCUGAUGACUUCGUGCCAUACUUACAAUAUAUUCCGGAGACGCAGAUGUACCAGUGGAUAGGCGCGGGUCGCGAUUGCGACGCGAUUUUGGGCCGCCUGUGUGAACGCUGGUUCCGCGCUGCGUCGCCCGCGCCGCCCGCCAACGAGCCCCCACCACCUAGGUAUCCUACGUCGUGGGUUGUGCGUCCUCUCACUAGCGCGGAAAUAGCAGAUUUCCGAGCCCAAGAGAGAAAGAGAUAUGCUGCUUCGGCGAAACCUUUCACUUACAUCCAACACGGGUACCGUGCCGUAGUAGGUCCUUGUGCACGUUGUGGCGCGGGCGGUGGCGCGGCCAGCGCACUCCUGACCGCCUCGCGACCGCGCCACGCCUCCUUCCUGGCGCUCGUGCGCGACGCCGUGGCGCGCCUGCCCAACGGCGAGGGCACCCGCCACGACGUGCUCACCCUGCUCAAGAUGUCUCAAUGGAUCUCAGCGUGUAGCGACCAGGCGCUCCUGAGUGCACUAUCAACAGCAUUAGACCGACUUCUCUCUGCCAAGCGAGACCCCGUUGUAAAAUAUGACCAAAGGACGGCCAUUUGGACCUAUUUGCACAGAAAUAGGACGGAGGAGGAUUGGUUGAAGUCAACGGCGCGAGGACGUCGCGCGGCGGAGAAGCGGGAGCCCGAACCAGUAACACCGCCACCUGCGGUGGAACUGGAAGUAGGUACGGAGGCAUCAGUAUCGGACAGCGACGUGGACGUGGACGUCGAAGGCGGCGCGGGCCCCGGCUCGGCGCAGCUGCUGCUGGCCGCCGCCGCGCCCGCCCGCGCGCCCGCCCGCACCCCCGCCCGCGCCCGCGCGCGCGAGCGGCCCCGCCAGAAGCCCGCCAAGCCCGACCCGCAGGCGCGGACGACCCCUACCCAAGCGAAACCCACCGUAGCCCCUCCCAAGCCGUCCCCGCAACAAAAAUCAACUCCAAAGGCGGCUCUCAUGGCCCAGUCAGCCAAACAGGCCAGCCUGGUUGCCCAGGCCGUGAAGAGCAACCUCAUAGCUCAAGCGGCCAAACAGGCCAAUCUAAGUCAACACACGAAGCCCGCUCCUGCCAAGCCAGUCAACGUGGUUAAGGUCCAGAAACCGCCUCAACCAGCGAGCCAACCUGCCAAGCCGGCCGCGAAGGCGCCCCCGUCGCCCAAGCAAGCCGUGCCCAAGCCGGCGCCCGCGCCCAAGCCGCCCCCGGCCAAGCCGCCGCCGGCCGCGCCGCCCAAGUCCUCGCCGUCCGCCGUGCAGCAGGCGCCGCUCAGGCAGCGGACGCUGCUGGUCGAGGCUCCACCACAGAGUGUAACGCAAGGCACAAGAUCGCUGCUCAUAAGGCCGCCCGCAGUGCAGACGACUGUCACGGCAGUUGUUUCUACGCCUAUUUCACAGCCGGCCGGCACCCGGCGCGGCGUGGUGCGCGUGCUGAGCCCGGCGGCGGGCGCCGCGGGCAAGUCGCUCAUAUCGCCGCGCGCGCUGCUGCAGCAAGCCGGCCGGCAGCCAAGCGGCGUGGUGCGCGUGCUGAGCUCGGCGGCGGGCGCCGCGGGCAAGUCGCUCAUAUCGCCGCGCGCGCUGCUGCAGCAAGCCGGCCGGCAGCCAAGCGGCGUGGUGCGCGUGCUGAGCUCGGCGGCGGGCGCCGCGGGCAAGUCGCUCAUAUCGCCGCGCGCGCUGCUGCAGCAAGCCGGCCGGCAGCCAAGCGGCGUGGUGCGCGUGCUGAGCUCGGCGGCGGGCGCCGCGGGCAAGUCGCUCAUAUCGCCGCGCGCGCUGCUGCAGCAAGCCGGCCGGCAGCCAAGCGGCGUGGUGCGCGUGCUGAGCCCGGCGGCGGGCGCCGCGGGCAAGUCGCUCAUAUCGCCGCGCGCGCUGCUGCAGCAAGACAUCUGCCUACACAUGUGUCACACAGCCGGCCGGCAGCCAAGCGGCGUGGUGCGCGUGCUGAGCCCGGCGGCGGGCGCCGCGGGCAAGUCGCUCAUAUCGCCGCGCGCGCUGCUGCAGCAAGGUGAGACAUCUGCCUACACAUGUGUCACACAGCCGGCUGGCACCCGGCGCGGCGUGGUGCGCGUGCUGAGCCCGGCGGCGGGCGCCGCGGGCAAGUCGCUCAUAUCGCCGCGCGCGCUGCUGCAGCAAGCUACACCGACGACGACAAAGAAAAGAACUUCCGUGUCAAACACCAGCUCGAUUACGACUACUGCGCAGAGCUCCGCCAUGACGACCGUGGCCCACAGCGCCGCCGGCACGCGCACCGUGCAGCUGGCGGGCGGGCGCACGCUGCAGCUGGCGGCGCAGCAGACCGUGCACCUGCCGGGCGGGCAGCCCGUGCAGCUGGCGGCGCGCGCGCUGCAGCUCGGCGGCCUGCUGCCGGCGCGCGCGCCCCGGCCCGUGCCCGCCUCCACGGUGCAGCUCACGGGGCAGACGGUGCACCUGGCCGGCCAGAGCGUGCAGCUCGCGCAACACGCCGUUAAGAGCGUUCAGGUGGCCGCGCCGGGAGUCCUUCCAACGCAAACAGUUCAGCUGCCAAGCGGUCAAACGGUUCAACUCGCCGGCAGAAACCUUCAGACUGUUCAACUAGCUGGUCAGAACGUGCUCACUAGCCAGAGCGUACAAAUAGGUUCCCAGACAGUGCAACUAGCUGGCCAGACGCUCCAACUACCGAGCGGUCAGACUGUUCAGCUUUCCGGUCAAACGCUUCAGUUACCCAGUGGUCAGACAGUGCAACUUUCCGGUCAGACACUGCAGCUGGCUAGUGGUCAGACAGUACAGCUGGCGAGCCAGACACCGAAAUCUAUGGCGCAGGUGGUGCGCGGCCAGGCCGCCGGCGACAAGUCUGCGCAGCCGAUUAGAGCCAAACUUCUUACUAAUGCUCAGGGGCAAAUGAUCUCGCUGGAAAGUAUGGUGGGCGCGCGCAUGGUGACGCCGCGGCCGCGCGCAGCCGUCCGCGUGCUCGCGCCCGCGCCCGCCGCCGCCCGCCUCGCGCGCCCGCUGCUGCUCACGGCCGCCAAGCCGCUCCACAAUAUCAUCCUGCAGCAAAGCGACGGCAGCACUAUACGGGUAACGUCGAGCGGCACCGCGGGUUCCACACAAACUAUAGUAUUAAGCAAUAUUGGCUCGCAAACAGCUACUACGUCCACUGCUUCGGCGCCGUUGUUGAAAUUGCAACAGGUCAAUCCGAUACAACAAGUUAAACUUCCCCAGGGAAUUAAAAUUCAGCAGGCGGGAGCGAACGCCACGGUGGCGACAUCUAGCGCCGUCAACGCGGUGCGGAGCGUCCUCAUGGACGGUCAACAGCUCAAACUCGUCGGCGGCAGGCAUGUACUUGCGCGCUUGUUGCGGCCAGCGCACCCGCCACAGUGAAGUGAGCUUUAAUGAUUUUGGUGUAAGGUUCAAACUAGCUAGCAUAAGCUAGACGCGGUGAGGAGCGCUCUUAUGAACAGGCAGCAACUCAAACUCGUUGGCGGCAGACAUGUCCUCGUGCGCCUGUUACGGCCGGCGCACGCGCCACAUUGAAAUGCACUUUAAUGCUAUUGGUGUAAAGUUCAAUGUAAGCUAUUCUUAUGGACAGGUAUCAACCCCGCCUGUUACGGCUGGCGCACCCGCCACAGUGAAGUGAGCUCUAACGCUAGUGGUAUAAAGUUCAUAAAACUAGCAUGAGCUAGUGUUGUAUGUAGCGUCGUCAACGCGGUACGGAUGCUGAAGGAUGAUGAUGAACGGGCAAAUUAUGCGAUGUGUUAACGUUUGUAUACCUAGUUUUAUAUAGGCUGAGGAUACGACUGGUAUCACCACGUGCAGCCGCCACAGCAACGUAAUCUCUCUUAGGACCAUACAGUCUUAGAUAGAUUGAGAUAGGAGCCACGUGCUAGGUUGCCUACUCAUUGUAAAAAAAACAUGUUUUAGAAAUAUUUUCUAUGUCGUGAAGUGGGCUUGGGCAGUGGCCAUAAACAGUUUCCCAAUUUAAUCACCUUUCAGUUUCAUAGUUUUAUGUGAAUCCAGUGUCAUGCCAGCAUGUUGUGACAAUGAAGACGUGUUAUUCUUGGUUACCACCAUCUCUCAAGCAAAAAUGAACUCUAUGCUAAUGGCAUAGAUUUAACGAUACCUAACUAUAAGAUUGUAUGGAAGAUGUAACGAAAAGAGGUAACUUUUAUUUAAAGUAGAGCAGCAUUAUUGUUGGAUUUCUAGUAUAAUGCUCGAGUAUGUGUAAAUAUGUACAUAAUUUUGACUAAAUUCAAAAGGGCUAACUUAUGUUUUCAAAUGAUAGAAGGAUGCUGUGUGAACAUUUCGUUUAUUGUGAUAUUGAUAUGUUUACUUAUAGUUAAUAUUGUGUAUAUUUGAAUGAGUUUGAUUAUCCAUGAAAAUCUGCAGUUCGAAAAGUUAUAGCAGAAGGAAAUUGUAGCAGUUUUUUUGGAAAACUGCUAGUUUUAUUAACUUUACAGAUUAUUGAAUGAGAUUGCUAAAAUUCGAUAACAAACUAUUUGCCGAAAUAUCCACGUACAAUUGUAGUAGUAAAUAAUCUCUGUUUAUGAAUUAUUUGAUGCGGAUUUUAAGUAAAACCAAAUAUACAUUGAUUGAGUAAGAUGUGUAAAAGCUAAGACAAUUUCGUGCUUCGAAUUUGAUAGGUAAAUGAGAUGGCGCUGUACGGCUCCAUACAUUUUGUGAUAACUCUGAUUGUCAAAAGUUGACGUUUGACAAUUCAGUGACCACAAAACAUAUGGUGCAGUACAGCGCCAUCUUUUCUGGAUGUCAAACUAAGGAGCACAUAUUACAAUCAAUUCUCUUUGGUAAAACUAAAUGAGCUCCAGAGUUUCUAACGAUUAAAACUAUCCGUAAAGUUAUUUUAAAUGCAGAUUAUUUUGUAAAAUAAAUAAAAAAUUUACUUUUGCAAAGCAGUUUAUCUAGAAGGAAAAUAUUAAGUUUCCCUAAAACUUAUGUUAGUAAAAUGGCUCGAAUCGAGAUUUUUGAUCAGUUAAGUAUGUGAGUGUAAAGGGAUAGUUGUUUCCCCAAACAAAUGAAUUAUCUUAUUCAUAUCAUAGACGGAUGUAUGCUAUAUUAUAUAUAAUAUAAUUUUGAAUGUACAAAGCCAGUAUUUUGCAUUGUUAAUUGCUCGUAAGGCUGCAAUUGUUUGUAUAAACGCUUAUGAGAAGUGUUAAUUAGUUGUAAAGAUUUUUUAAACUCAAUAUUAACAACACUCAACUUUUUGUAUAUACCAGUGUCAGUUAUGGGCGAGAUAUUAUGAAAUAUUUAUGUUAUUAUUUAUUUAAAUGUGCUAAAUCAGUCGAUCUAUCCACACCACAUCUAUCGACGUAGAUGGUUAAGGUCGAACCUUAAAAGGCCUUUUUUCCGUUGAUUUCUUGUUCCAGUGAGUUAUGUAGUAUUAUUUUUUAUUUCAAUUUUAAGGCAUAAAAUGAAAAGGUACUCGACUGUAGAGCCAAGCGGACACCCAUACACGGUGGAACGAGAAAGUAUACAUUGUAAAUUGCGUAAUAUCCUGUAUUGUAUACAGGUAUAUAGGUUGAUGAUGUGUGUGCGUCGCAAAAAAAAAACUGUAUGGUACAUUUAGCACAGCUGAUCGGUCGAUUGCUUUGGCAACAUCUUAUCUCGGGCAGAAAGCCACGCAGAGAUCUGUCCCUGUCCGCGCAAUCAUAGAGAAAUAAGCAAGCUUAGAGCGCCCACUCCAUACAUAGAUAAAAACCCAUUUAUAAUAAUUAAUAACUAUUUAAUUUAAACUUUUAAUACGAUUUACCAUAUUACAACUUAUUAUUUAAGUAUUAAGUAAGGAAACUGAUGUAUAAAGCGAGCACUGUAACCUCACUUGUUUCUCCAUGGCGGAAUGCAAUACUAUACGUCACAACAGGAUCAUUAUUUAUUUUGUUGUUUUCAUAUUAUACCUGUUUCGACAUGAAAUUCAAUUACGAAUGCAAUAUAUUAAGUCAAUUUAA